UACAGAUUACUUUUCUGCCUGGACUUUGGUAUUUUGCACUAAAAUUCUCCAACAAGAGAAUUCUUCAGCAUGGGCAUAAGUAACAAGGAAAAUGCUUAGUGAUGUAAUGCUUUUGCUAGUCUAAUUAGUCAGUGUUGCUGUUUAAUAGCACUUUGAAGAUCAGUUAUCUUGCAGAGAACCAUUGCUGGAGUAAAGCAAAUAGCUGUCAUUUUGAAUUCAAAACUAGCUUCAUUUUCAUUGUGGAGCAUAACAAGUACUUCUUGGUUCUUUUUCCUGUCCCCCAGUUUGUAGCUUUUGUUACUGGGACUCCAGUCAUAUUCAGCAAACUGGGAGGACUGUAAGAAGGAUAAAUGGGGGUUUUACAGAGUGCCUCAUGUGAUACCUUCUAUUCUCAGCAUAGGUUAAAAUUAGAACUAGACUGACAUUGCACUGGAGUCUGAGUGAGGAUUUUAAAUGGUUUCGUUAGCACAGGCCAGGUUUGUAACUUAUCUCUGCUUUUGCUCAGAAAGCAAUGAGUCCCCGAAGACCCUUGACAACACCAACUAAUUGAGCAUUUUAGUUUUUGUAUCACUGUCCCCAUCUGGUAACUGAUGCAUGUGCUGAUCUGUUGAGCCUGAAAUUCAGAGUCGGAUUGCUGUGACUGUACCUGAACAUGUAAGGAUCAUGAAUGAAACUGCAGUUUGUGUUGGAACAUUCACUGCUGUGAAGACACUUUGGGAAGUAAGAAUACACAAGAUAAAUGAGGAAUUACAGAAGGAAAAGGAAUUCAGAGAGAGGUCUGCAGGAAGGCUACUACUUGUUUGGGAGGAGAGAGCUGCUUUAGCAAAGCUCAAAGAAAAGGUUAUUAAUGAAGAUGGGAGAGCAAUUUUAAGGAUAGAGGAAGAAGAAUGGAAGACGCUACCUUCGUGCUUAUUGAAACUAGCCCAUCUCCAGGAGUGGCAGCUUCACAGAACGAGUUUGCAGAAAAUUCCUCACUUCAUUGGCAGAUUUCACAGUCUUGUUGUUUUGGAUCUAUCCCGGAACUCCAUUGAAAGUGUACCUAAAGAAAUCGGCCAGCUGACAAGCCUCCAAGAGCUGCUUCUCAGUUACAAUAGAAUCAAAUCUGUUCCUAAGGAAAUAAGUAACUGCGUCAAUCUGGAAAGACUGGAACUGGCUGUCAACAGGAGUAUCUGUGAUCUUCCUCCUCAGCUCAGUGAUUUAAAGAAGCUUUCACACAUAGAUCUGUGCAUGAACCAGUUUACAAGCAUCCCUUCAGCCCUUCUCAACAUGCCAAGUCUAGAAUGGUUAGAUAUGGGGGGGAAUAAACUCCAGGAGCUUCCUGAUGCAAUUGACAGGAUGGAAAAUCUCCACACUUUAUGGCUUCAAAGGAAUGAGAUAACCUCUUUGCCAGAAACCAUUGGUAAUAUGAAAAAUCUUAGUACUCUUGUUCUUAGCAACAAUAAACUUAGGAAUAUUCCAGCUUGUAUGAAGGACAUGACAAGUCUGAGAUUUGUCAACUUCAGGGACAACCCACUGGAGUUAGAGGUAACACUCCCUCCAUGUGAGAAUGAAGAAGAGGAGGAGCAACAGGAAAUGUUUGGCAUCGAAUUCAUGCACGUGUAUAUCCAGGAAUCUCUCAAGAAAACAGGAAAUGUGGAAACCAGCACUUCUGGUCCUUCUCCUGUCACGAAUGCUACUGAAUAAAGAAUGUAACUGUGAAUGGAAGAAAAUACCAAGCAUACUUAAUCCUAGCAAAGAGGCAUACAACAGGUUUCAAAUAUUCCUAGGGAUUUUAUUUUUCCACUGAUGCGAACUGGUUUGCAUAUUUGGAAUUCCCACUCACACUGGGAAAUAAAAGACCUUUUCCUUGUA